AAAAUAUAAAUUAGAGUUCUAUUUUUUUUUUUACAAUUAUCCAAAUUAUUAUACAGUAAACAGCAGUCACCAUGACGGUGGAAACCGCCGAAACACCUGUGGAACCGGCGGCGAUCUUAGCAUCUAUAUUUUCAUUUCCCAAAGAAAUUCUCCCGAUCACGCCUCGAGCCUUUCAAAAUGACGAUUCACAGUUCCUUUCCUUCUGUUAAACUUCCCCUAAUUCAUCUUUUCCCUGCCUCAACCCACUUCUCUUCGGUUUUACUUUCAUUUCAGACGAAGAACGAUUCAUUCCUCGGGAAUACGGCGAAAAUCUAGCUUAUUCGACCAAAUUCUGUCUGUAUUUUCAGCGAAAUGGAGCUGGGAAUUGUUUGGCUUCUCAGAGCUGCUUGGAUUGCAGGAAUAUUGCCUGUAGUUGUAGCUUUCUUACCGUUCUCUAGACUGAAUUGGUUCCGUGGAAUUCUCUUGGGGUUUGCGAAGAGAGGGAAGAUCUUGCAAUCGUCUUCCAAGAAAUUCACUGUACCUCAGAAAUUCUUCUGCCACUUUUAUGUGUUGGCUGUUAUCUGGACAACCUUGUUGCUAGGAACAACUUGGAUGUAUGCAUAUGUAUCAACCCCAGAAAUCUCAGAGCCAUUUAACUUUCCUGCCAUUACCAGUCAGUUGACUGGAGGUUCAAGUUUGUUUUCCUGGCAAAAAUCUCAUUCGUCUCGGAGGGAACACAGAUUCCUGGUCUGGAAAGCUGUUUUUCUGCUUUUAUUAAUGGAAGUUCAAGUUUUGAGACGUCUUUAUGAAACAAUAUAUGUUUUCAAAUAUAGUCUCUCGGCUCGGAUGCAUAUCCUUGGAUAUUUAACUGGCUUGUUUUUCUAUACAGCAGCUCCUCUAUCACUUUGUAGCAAUUGUAUUCCAGAAGUGUAUCACUUUGCCGCAAGUGGGUUAGCUCAGUUUGUUGUUCAAGGAAAAAGGCACAUGCCUGAUGUUGAAGUUAGCCUGUUGGAUGCUGUGAUUCCACUAUCAAAUUUAGGGUGGUGUCAGUGGAUUGGUGCAGCUUUAUUCUUUUGGGGUUGGAUUCAUCAGUGUCGUUGCCAUCAGAUUCUAGGCUCACUGCGGGUACGUAGAGAACAAUCUGAAGAAUAUAGAAUUCCUCAUGGUGAUUGGUUUGGAAUCGUGUCUUCUCCUCACUAUCUUGCUGAGAUGGUUAUAUAUGGUGGCCUUGUGGUUGCUAGUGGAGGAGAAGACAUCACAAUCUGGCUACUUUUUGGAUUUGUGGUGGUAAAUCUGGCCUUUGCAGCAGCAGAAACUCAUAGGAAAAUCAACUUUGAAUCAUCUGCCUGCCUCAGAUGUCUGAAAAUUCAUGCUGAAGUGAUCUUAAAAAGGUUAAAAUCACUUCAAAAACAUAUCGUAAAUAAUACAAAAUCAGUUUAAUGCUUGAGUUUAUACUUUUAAACAUGAUUUUCUUACCACUAAAAUUGAUUUUGAACGAUUAUAAAAGCAUAUUUUGAAUUCAUUUGAACGAUUUUAAUAUUUUCAAAAUCACUUCUAAAUGUCUCUAAAAAAAGAUGGUUUUCAUCAAACUGACUAAACUUUAUUAGUGGAGAAACUUUGUUAUCUAUUCAAAUUCCGAGAAUAAAAUAGCAAAAUCUGUUAUGGUUACAAGUUUAAUUGUACCAAUUGUUCAUUUGACAA